GACAUUUCUCUCAACUGUAACUACAUACAUUUAUUCGAGCAAACUGUACAUAUAUUUUUCUAAAUGACCGAACGAGCGUAUUUUCGUUGGCGUUUUCGUUUCAAGAAGAGAAACGCGUGUGAACACGCAACCCGCAUUAAAAUGGGCGACUUGAAGGCUCAGCAUGGUACGCAGGAGAAGAAUGGCUGGCUGUUUAAAUGGACUAAUUAUUUAAAAGGUUAUCAACGAAGAUGGUUCGUCCUGUCAAAUGGCCUACUGUCGUAUUACAGGGCUGAACCAACAGGGGGGCCAAAGAUAUCAACACGACGCAAGCGGAAGGCUGGCAGAGCCUCCGAAAACCCCUCGGAGAUGUCGCAUACAUGCCGCGGCACAAUAUCUUUACACGGGGCCUUAAUACACACCGUAGACGCUUGCACUUUCGUUGUGAGCAACGGUGGCACGCAAACCUUCCAUAUCAAGGCGGCGACGGAGGUAGAGCGUCAGCAGUGGGUCACGGCCCUUGAAUUGGCGAAGGCCAAGGCCAUCCAAGCCAUGGAAUCUGAAGAGGAAGAGGAAUACGGAAUACGGCAAGAUAAUGACAAUCAGAAACCGGAACAAGUUACCGUAAAAGACCUGACACAGCGUCUAGAAGAGUUACAAGCCUGUCAUGAUUUACUAUUGAAGAAAGGGGGCAUCCUUCAUCGAACUUUAAACGAGCUCGAGGCGUUGGAACCUCCAUUGCCUGAAUUAGCCGCAAAAGUAAAGACAGUUAACGAGCGAGCCACGCUCUUUCGCAUGGCUGCUAGUGCUAUGGUCACUGCUAGUACCGACUACCUUCAAUUAGCGCAGCAACAGGAACCGAAGUGGAAGAAAAUGCUGCAGCACGAGCGCGAUCAGAAAGAACGAAUAGAAAAAAUGGUAGAGCAACUGGCUAGGCAGCACUCGCAUUUGGAAGAGGCUGCGCAGCACGCUCUACCUUCGGCGGGUACUGGAGGAGGACACAGAGCUUCGCAUACGACAGUCACCACUUCCCCAUCGGAAGACGAGGAAGAUAAUGCAGAAUUUUAUGAUGCACAAGAAUCUGAUAUUUUUACUUUAAGUAUACCCGGUGUUUCAACAAACAAUUCAAGAGACAGAACUGACUCGCAAGGUAGUGAUGACGGUUCUAGUUCAGAAGGAGAUCAAACGCCUUUGCCUUUAUCAGACACAGCUACAGCAAAUUCCUUUCGCAUUGUGACCGACUCUACAGUAGCAACACCAACCACUGUUACAAACUCAGACAAUCUGGAUAAUACAAAUUGGGAAUCCAACAAUGGCAGCAGUGGCACCAGGGUAGUUGGUUCUAAACGAAAACGAAGAACUAGGGUACCUGAGAAACCAAAUUAUCAGUUAAACUUAUGGAGUAUAAUGAAAAACUGUAUUGGCAAAGAUUUAUCAAAAAUUCCAAUGCCUGUCAAUUUUUCUGAGCCACUCAGUAUGCUUCAACGGCUUACAGAAGAUUAUGAAUAUGCAGAUAUUCUGGAUAGGGCGGCAGAAUGUAAAGAUUUCUAUGAACAGAUGGCUUACGUAGCCGCAUUUACUAUAUCUAGCUAUUCCACAACUGCUUCCAGAACUGGCAAGCCUUUCAAUCCUUUGUUAGGUGAAACGUACGAAUGUGAUCGUGUUGAUGAUCUAGGAUGGCGCGCGAUUUCAGAACAAGUGUCUCAUCAUCCUCCAAUGUUAGCACAACAUUGCGAGGGUCGAAAAUGGCGUUGUUGGCAGGAAUUUACCAUGGCAUCAAAAUUUCGCGGCAAAUACCUUCAAGUAAUACCAUUAGGAACUGCUCACCUUGAAAUAGACGGUGGUGAACAUCACUAUACGUGGCGAAAAGUCACGACCACUGUACACAAUAUAAUAGUAGGAAAAUUAUGGGUGGAUCAAAGUGGUGACACGGAUAUUGUGAAUCACAAACAAGGUAUCAAGUGCCAUUUGAAGUAUACGCCCUAUUCGUACUUUUCAAGGGACAGUCAGCGUAAAGUAAAAGGUGUCGUCAUGAAUGCAAAUAAUGAAGUUAAGUGGGUAGUGCAAGGUACAUGGGAUUCAAAGAUAGAGAUUGCUCCUGUAAUUAGUACGUCUGGUACGCCAGAUAAUCCAGUAUAUAAAACAGGGCCUUACAUACUCGCUUGGAAGCGUCGUACGUCAGUUUCAGAUAGUGAAAAGUAUUACAAUUUUACGGAACUAGCGUGUCAACUUAAUGAGCCUGAGGAUGGGGUUGCUCCUACAGAUUCUAGAUUUAGACCUGAUCAACGACUAAUGGAAAAUGGACAGUGGGAUGAAGCAAAUGCAGAAAAACUCCGAUUAGAAGAAAAACAGAGAGCUGUCCGACGUGCUCGGGAACACGAGGCUGAGAAAGCGGCUACUCAAGGUUUACCGUAUGAAGCUUACGAGCCGUUAUGGUUUAAAAAAGAGCAGGAUCCAUACACGGACAGUUUGUGCUACAUAUACGGUGGUGAAUAUUGGGAAUGUAAGAGUAAAGGUGAUUGGUCACGAUGUCCGAACAUAUUUUAGUUCACUAUAUGAUUAUAUCAAUUAAUAUCGUGACCGCCAAUAUACAAUGCAGAAAUGUUUGGAUUUGUUUAAAGUAAA